AGGUUUCCGUCGGCUGCUCCCCGGGCUUCCUUUGCGGACGGCGCCGCGUCCGAGCUGGUGUCCGGGACCCCCGCUGGUGCCCAUGGCGCUGGGUCGCUUUCUCAGGAGCGCCGCUGCCCUCCCUGGCCGCCUGGGGCAGCCCCUCCAGGGAAAGAAGGCUGGAGCCACUACCAUCCGGUGCUUGCAUCUAACUCUCGCCAUGGCCAGGCAGCUACAGGCUCGAAGGUUGAAGGGCAUCGACCACAACCCCUGGGUCGAGUACACCCAGUUGGCCGCCGAGCAUGAUGUCGUGAACUUGGGCCAAGGGUUCCCGGACUUCGCGCCCCCGGACUUCGCGGUGGAGGCGUUCCGCUGCGCCGUCACUGAGGACUUCAUGCUCAACCAGUACACCAAGGCCUUUGGCUACCCCCCUCUGACCAAGGUGCUGGCACGUUUCUUUGGGAAGCUGCUCGGCCAGGACCUGGACCCACAGAGCAACGUGCUGGUGACCGUGGGGGCCUACGGCGCCCUGUUCACGUCCUUCCAGGCCUUAGUGGACGAAGGCGACGAGGUCAUCCUCCUGGAGCCCUUCUUCGACUGUUACGAGCCCAUGACGCUCAUGGCGGGGGGCCGCCCCGUGUUCGUGCCUCUCAGGCCGAGCCCCACCCCGGACGGCGCCCCGGCCUCGAGCAGCAACUGGAAGCUGGACCCGGCCGAGCUGGCCAGCAAGUUCAGCCCCCGCACCAAGGCCCUGGUCCUCAACACGCCCAACAAUCCCCUGGGAAAGGUGUUCUCCAGGGCUGAACUGGAGCAGGUGGCCAGCCUGUGCCAGCAGCACGAUGUCAUUUGCAUCUCGGACGAGGUCUACCAGUGGCUGGUCUUUGACGGGUGUCAGCACGUGAGCAUCGCCAGCCUCCCUGGCAUGUGGGAGCGCACCUUGACCAUCGGGAGCGCGGGCAAGACCUUCAGUGCCACAGGCUGGAAGGUGGGCUGGGUCCUGGGCCCCGAUCACCUCCUGAAGCACCUGCGCACAGUGCACCAGAACUCUGUCUACCACUGCCCCACGCAAGCCCAGGCGGCGGUAGCCCAGAGCUUCGAGCGGGAACUGCAGCACUUUGGCCAACCCAGCAGCUACUUCUCGAGCUUCCCUCAGUCCGUCCAGCGCAGCAGGGACUACAUGAUGCGCAGCCUGCAGUCCGUGGGCCUGCGGCCGGUCAUUUCCCAGGGCAGCUACUUCCUGGUCAUAGACAUCUCCGACUUCAAGAAGAAGAUGCCCGAUUUGCCCGGUGCCCCAGAUGAACCCUACGACCGUCGGUUUGUUAAAUGGAUGAUCAGGAACAAGGGCUUGGCUGCCAUUCCUGUGUCCAUCUUCUUCAGCCUGCCCCAUCAGAAGGACUUUGACUACUUAGUCCGCUUCUGCUUUGUGAAGAAUGAGUCCACGCUGAAGGCCAUGGACGAGAGGCUGCGUUCGUGGCAGAACCCCCAGGCCUGACCCCGCGCCGGUGGAUCCUUCACCCCCAUCUCAGCCACCCCCAGGAGUUGAGUCCCAGCAAGCGGGGAAGUCGGGGGGUCCCCUCUCCAUGCUGACAGUCCUGUGUUACAGGGGAGGUGGCGGGGGUCUCCAUGAUCUGUGACCCAGGUCUCUGCCCCCAUGACCUCUUGUGACCUCCCCAGCCCACCCAGACUUGGCUGGGGACCUGAAGGAGGCGCAUCUGAGUGGAUUCAGUUCCUUACUCGCCUUACUGUGAGAGUUGCAGGUGCUCCUCACUGAUAAUAAAGUUUAAAUUAUUCAGA